CACUGUCCUCACUUUCAGGUGGAAUGACCCUAACUGUUUCCUGCCUUCGACCAUAAAAUGUCCUUGCAUCCAUUUCCUACAAGCAAUCGUAGAGAGUGCAUUGAGUACAUUGAGUAUGGUGCUAAUUAUUUAUCUCAGACAUCUCCAUCUGAAUCUGAAGAUGGCGGCACGCAACAGUGCACGGGCUUCUCGUGCUCCCGGGGUCAAGCCCUCUUUUAGUACUUUUUCCGCUGGUCCCGAGGCCAACUUCACUCGUGUUGCUUGGGUUAACAAGCGUACAAUGUAUAGCCGAACCGAACUUUUCAAAAUAAAAUGAUGGUUCGGCCAGAGACACAACAACAGCAACACCACUAACAACAAGAGCGGCCCUCGGACUCAGGGCCUUGCUGGGCAGACUGCAGCUCCUGAGGACAUCGGGCUGGCGCAGAGGUACCCGCUGGACAAAGGGCAAACGGAAGCGGUGUGCAAGGAAGCAGAAGAGGGGUAAACGGAGCGGACUGCUAGCCAGGCUAAAGGCUAAUGCGGGGAGACCACCGAUCCCGCCACUGUUCCUCUCCAAUGUCCGCUCUCUGGACAACAAGAUGGACCUGCUUCGACUGAGGCUGAGGGCUUCCCGUGAGAUGAGGAACUGUGCGGUGCUCUGUCUUACGGAAACCUGGCUGAACGACAACAUGCCGGACUCAGCCUUCCAGAUCGACGGCCGGCUUCUCUUCCGAGCGGACCGUAACCAGCAGUCGGGGAAAACCCGCGGGGGCGGAUUAUGUGUCUGCGUGAGCAAAGGUUGGUGUACGAACUGUGCUUUGGUGAACAGCCACUGCUCCGAGGCAGUAGAGUACAUGACUGUGAAGUGCCGGCCACACUAUUUGUCUCGUGAGUUUACGGCGGUGUUUGUUAUGGCUGUUUACAUCCCGCCGGGUGCGAAGGCCAACGAAGCGCUUAAGGAGCUUCAUGACAUCAUCAGCUCGCUCCAGCACAAGCACCCGGAGGCAUUUUACGUGGUUGCGGGGGAUUUUAACCACGUAAACCUGACAGACACUCUGCCUAAGUUCCACCAGCAUGUCACCAUACCGACACGGGGAGAUAACACGCUGGACCGUGUUUACACCAACAAAAAAGACGCAUACAGAGCCGUCCCCCACCCCCACCUGGGCCUCUCCGACUACAUCUCCAUCAUGCUGGUCCCCACCUACCGUCCUCUGCUCAGACGCCACACGCCAACACAGAGGACUAUCACCGUGUGGCCCAGUGAUGCGGCCCUAACACUGCAGGACUGUUUCCAGCGCACAGACUGGCAAAACUUCAGGGAGGCAGUUGCCCUUGAGGGACAGGUGGACCUAGAAGAAUAUACGUUGGCUGUCCUCGGCUACAUCAGUAAGUGUGCAGAGGAUGUCACCACCACCAGGACAAUAACAGUCUACCCGAACCAGAAACCCUGGCUGAAUGCGGAGGUCAGGUCUCUGCUGAAAGCCAGGGAUGCUGUGUUCAGGUCAGGUGACAGACUGGCACUCAGAGCGGCUAGGAGACAGCUGAUAGCAGGAGUAAAGAGGGCCAAGGCCACAUAUGCCCGGAGGAUCGAGGGACAUUUUACAUCUAACGAUCCACGGAGUAUGUGGAGGGGCAUAAAGUGCAUCACAGACUACAGCACCAGAGAUGCACAGUGCCCCAAGGACCCCUCUCUGCCCGACACUCUCAACACUUUCUACGCCCGCUUUGAUGACCCGAACACCUCCCCCAGCACCAGACUCACUCCACCACCAGGUGAAGAGCCUCUCAGCGUGACCCCAGCAGAGGUGAGGAGAACCCUCCAGAGGAUUAAUCCACGCAAAGCUACGGGUCCCGAUAACAUCUCCGGGAGGCUGCUGAGGAGCUGCGCACACCAGCUGACGGAUGUCCUGACAGACAUCUUUAACACCUCCCUCCAACAAGCAGCGGUCCCUACCUGCCUGAAGACGGCCACAAUCAUCCCCAAAACCUCCACAGUGACAGGCCUGAAUGACUAUCGGCCGGUUGCCCUCACACCGAUAGUCAUGAAGUGCUUCGAGAGACUGGUGAUGGCCCACAUCAAAGACUGCAUCGACGUCACUGUGGACCCACACCAGUACGCAUACAGAAAGAAUCGAUCCACAGAGGAUGCCAUUUCUUCUGUGGUCCACACAGCCCUCACCCACUUAGAGAACAAGGACUCUUAUGUUCGCCUGCUCUUUGUGGACUUCACGUCUGCAUUCAACACCAUCAGACCGCAGACUCUGGUUUCGAAACUGAUCACACUCGGGCUGAGCUCUACCCUCUGCAACUGGGUUCUGGACUUCUUAACAAAAAGGCCGCAGUCUGUGAAGAUCCAUGAUGUCUCCUCCUCCACCAUCACCCUCAGCACAGGCUCCCCCCAGGGUUGUGUGCUGAGCCCCCUUCUGUUCACUCUGCUCACACACGACUGCUCAGCGAGACAUCCGAGCUGUCUAAUAGUGAAGUUUGCAGAUGAUACAGCGGUGGUUGGACGAAUUGCUAACAACGACGAGUCGAACUACAGGCAGGAAGUGGAACACCUGGAGGGUUGGUGCAGAGAAAACAACCUCUGCAUCAACGUGAAGAAGACCAAGGAGAUGAUCGUGGACUUCAGAAGGGGCAGACAUCUCCCCCCUCCCCUGCACAUCGGAGGGAAAGCGGUGGAAGUGGUCUCCAGCUUCAGGUACCUGGGUGCGAACAUCGCAAACGACCUCACCUGGAGCACCAACACCUCCUAUCUGGUUAGGAAGGCACACCAGCGCCUCCACUUCCUCAGGAGGCUGCGGCGCGCUGGACUGGGGAGCUCAGUCCUGACCUCGUUCUACAGAUGUGUGGUGGAAAGCGUCAUGUGCACCUGCAUCACCGUGUGGCACGGCAACUGCUCUGCAGCAGAGAAGAAGGCUCUGCAGAGGGUGGUUAAAGCUGCACAGAGGACUGUGGGAUGCAGCCUACCCACCACCACGGACAUUUACACCUCCAGAUGCAGGAAAAGGGCCUCCUACAUCAUGAAGGACCCCACGCACCCCGCACACGCUCUGUUUGCCCCUCUCCCCUCGGGCAGGAGGCUGCGGAGCAUUAAGAGCAGGACCACCAGACUGAGGAACAGCUUCUUCCCAGAAGCUGUGAGACUGUUGAACUCUGGAGGACCCCUGUAGCCCCUGCCCCUCAUCCCCAACCCCACC